AUGCACUACAUCUUUAAAGAUAACCCACUAGAAGCACAGCGUCUAGUCGUGCAGUGCUACAUUAAUCUCCAGACUUACCAUCUGAGCAUGAAGGCUAUGCUCAAUGUCGACUUCGUUCAAGACAUGAUUAACAUCUUGCAGCGUAUUGACAUCAGUUUAAAGAAGAUGGCUUGCAACGUGCUCACUGGUCUCAUGGCCGAGCCAGUCGCAAAAGACUUGUUCACCCUCUGCAAGGGCGAGGAGGUGGUGUCAACAAAUCUGCACAUCAAACACGUCGGGUUUAACACGGCGUUGUGCACGCUCAUCACGGCCAGCGUGACGGAUGAAGGAGCGGAUGUGUAUCUACGCCUCGGCACUGUGCAUUUUAUGGUUGAAAACCGUUUAGCAAGAUACGUGGUGAGCGCCUGGGAGCCCGCCCUGGAGGCGAUCUUCCGGCACCAUCCCUCAGCUAAGCUGGCCUAUACUGGACGGUUGGAUUUAAACGACUUUACUCGGGAAGGCUUCUACGUUCAAAAGCGGCUAUCCACUCCGUUCCCCACCAUCCAGCAGCUAAUGGACGAACCCCCGCCUCACGAGGACCCCGUGUUCAUAUCCCUGUUCCAACCCCCAGUCUCCGAAUCCGGGGUCGUUUCUGGCAUCGAUUUCGGACAUCAGUGUAAGUGCAAACUUGAAAGGGCAGCGACGGGGGUGGUGGACCUCUCGCUACACAGGAUAAUAGCGGCGAUGCUGGGUAGCGAGAGGAAAUGGGAAGCGGUGGCCUCCUUCUGCGAAGAGGUCAUGUCGCAGAAGGAGGAGGCGGAGAGGGAACGAGAAGCGGCUGCUGACGCGGUUCCUCUCCGACGCAGGCGGCAGGGUCGAAGGCGGAGAGCAUAUGCUCGCCUCGAGCCCUAG